AUGUUAUUUUGUUAUAAGAGGAUCAGUGGCAGCUCGUGCCGCGGCCCGAAGGAAGCUGACUGCGGCCAGAAGGGGCCCGUGGACAGGCAGCCGACGAGGGACGAAGAGGCGCGAAGAGUGAGCGGAGAAGACCGAAGGUCGCCGAACGAGGCCGGCGACAGCCGACCGGUGGCGAGGCGAGCCGACGUACGCGCGGCGAUCGGCGCGCCCUCGCGCCCGGGCACAAGGACUGAGAAAAGAGGAAGCGGGCCAACGCUAGAGAGAGCUGCGAGAAAUAGCCCUUCCCCUUCUCAUCUUUCCCGGCAGCGUCGUCGCCUCGAGAACGACGCCGAGGAAGGAGGAGGCUGUCGGUGUGUGUGUGAGCACAAGUAG